GAUAACGAUGUUGACGAUGAUGGUUUUCUAGAAAACUGACACUAGCAUCAACUCCGGCUAUAGCACACUGCUUUCUAAACCACCCUGUUUCUACAUGUGCACUACAGUCAGUGUGGGUGUGCCUGGAAAUGAGCCGACUGCUACCAAAGAGGGCUUCGCCGACGUCUUGCGCAGGGCUGACGAAGAGAUGCAAUGGCUGAUUGGUGCGACGCUGACGGUGCUCGUGGGCUUGGUCCUGGGCUCUGCUUUCCUGGUCAGCUGGGCUUGUGUGUGCCUCGAGAUCUUCCGGGACAUCAGGCAGAGCGUGCUCAUCCUGUGGGACACGAUGCAUUUCCGGGACCCCUCCGUAUUCUCCAGGCACCGUAUUUUAGAGGAAAGAAGCCAUUUACUCGAUCUCAUGGUUACCGUGUCCUGUGCAGCCUUGCACGUGACACAGACGUUAAAGUUCCUGACUACGAGUCGUACCUGCGGUGGAAACGGGGCGAGGUGGACGGAGGAGCGGCAACGCAACCGUCGUCGUCUUGGACACACAGCCCGGAAGAAGACAGGGGUGACGGUUCGUCACGUGUCGUCAACCUUCACACGAACACAUCGCAGGAGGGUUCACGACACACUGCGCGCAAAUAGGCGCACCCGCAGAGAUUUUAAAGCACGGACUUAAAACACACACGUAAUCUUACAUAUGCUGCAGCUCUUACUCGGUCUGCGACAUGCGAAAUGGAAAGCGUUGAGAGAACAAAAUCCGUGGAACACUGAACAAUGGGCAAAAAAUAGCUUCGUUAUUUGUGAAUGAGCGACGGUUACUGGCAACGCGAAGGCCAAGGAGAUCUCCGUACAUGCCAGGCUGGGUACCCGGGGAAAUGAACGGUUCUCUGUCUGGCCUUCUUGUAAGUUCUAACGGCUCCCGUUUCUCUUCAUGUGCAAAAAUUAACUAUAUAGAAAGUAUGCCCAUUAGUGGAAUAGGAAAAUAAUAAUGUCACUAGAGGAAUCUAAGCA